AUGCGUCUCUCGUUAGCUUUCCUUUCUCUAUUUUCCGCCGCUCUUGCGACGCGGCCUUUUCUCAAUGAGCCUGAUACUGCCAUUGAAGACGUCCUCGGGGACACUCCCGAAGGCACACUUCCCGACUUAGAGAAUAUCUUGGGACUGCCUGACUUUGAAUGGGCAGCCAGGCGAUAUCUCAACGCCUCUUCAUACACGUACUACCGCAACGGCGCAGCUGGCGAGUGGUCGUACCGCAACAACCUCGAGGUCUACGGCCGGUUCCGCUUCCGCCCACGCGUGAUGGUCGACAUCACCGACAUCGAGUCGACCCUCCCAACCACUAUCCUCGGCCACAACUUCUCUGCGCCCUUCUUCAUCAGCCCCUGCGCGAGCGCGGGACUCGCGCACCCCGACGCAGAGACAAACUUUGUCAAGGCCGCGCACGAAGAGAACAUCUUGUACAUCCCGGCUCUCUACGCAACUCUGUCCAUGGACGAGAUCGCGGCCGCCAAGCCAGCGAACAGUUCGCAGGUUCUCUUCCAGCAAGCGUACCUCAACAGCAACGACACCGCGACGCAGGAACUUUUCGACGAUGCUGAGCGUCUAGGCGCCAAGGCCAUUGUGUGGACAAUUGACAGCGCCGCAGACGGCAACCGACUCCGUGCGGACCGAUACGGCGUUGGAUCCGCGGACGCGGAUUACACGCUCUCGACCUGGGAGCUUUACGCCAAGCUCCGCAAUAUGACCUCCCUGCCUAUCAUCCUCAAGGGACUGCAGGCUGUUGAGGACAUCAAGUUGGCGAUUGAGCACGGCGCUCCUGCUGUUAUUAUUUCCAACCAUGGCGGGCGUCAGCUCGAUAGCUCGCCGUCCCCGCUAGAGGUCGCACUCGAGGUUUAUCAGGAAGAUCCUGAUUUGUUCAACCAGAUUGAGAUCUUCGCAGACGGAGGCGUUCGCUAUGGUGCUGAUGUGCUUAAGCUGCUUGCCUUGGGCGUGAAGGCUGUUGGCCUCGGCAGGAGCUUUAUGUACGCCAAUGCUUACGGCUUUGAGGGUGUUCAGAAAGCAAUUCAGGUGCUGAAGCGGGAGAUUGCCAUUGAUGCUGGCAAUCUGGGUGUGCCGGAUCUGAAGGAGAUUGAUGCCUCUUAUGUCAAAUGGACCAACAAUGGGUGGUACAGCUAA